AUGGCAGGUUUAUUCGACAAGCAGGUAGAUGAUUACUUGGUGGCAAGGCCAACUUAUCCCAAGGAAUGGUUUUCAAUGUUGGCAGCUCUUACCCCCCAACACUCUUUAGCUUGGGACGUCGGCACCGGCAACGGCCAAGCUGCUUUCUCCCUUGGACAGCAUUAUGAGCAAGUGAUAGGAAGCGAUAUAAGUGAGUCCCAACUGAAGCAUGCACUUCAACAUCCUCGAGUUCGUUACAUUCACACUCCGGUCUCCAUGUCUGAUGACGAAUUGGUUGCGUUAUUAGGGGGUGAGAAUUCAGUUGAUUUGGUAACCGUGGCAGAGGCCGUGCACUGGUUUGACCUCCCGAAGUUCUACUCACUGGUGAAGCAAGUUCUGCGUAAACCAGGAGGCGUAAUCGCUGUUUGGGGCUACAAUGCUAGUGUGACAAGCCCUACACUUGAUGGUGUAGUGAAGCGUUUUUAUGAAACAGCUAAACCCUUUCGGGACCGAAAGACACAGUACUUAUGGGAAGGUUAUAGGACACUUCCAUUUCCAUUUCAAAGUGUUGGUUUGGGUUCUGAGGGUGAGCCACUGCCACUAGAAAUACCAAAGGAAAUGUCAUUUGAAGGGAUCUUAAGGAUGUUAAGAUCCUCCUCUGCAGUCACUGCAGCUAAGGGUCAAGGUGUGGAUUUGUUAUCAAAAGAGGUUAUUGAAGAGCUUGAAACUGCUUGGGGUGGGGCUGAUUUGGUCAGAACUGUUACUUGCAAGGCUUUUAUGCUUGCUGGAAAAGUUUAA